AUGGUUAUCAAUCAGCACCUGGACAUCAUCUUUGAAGGUGAGAACUUGAAGUCCUUUUCUCUGACCAGCCUCCAAGUGCCCACACCCUGUGUGUCUGCCCGUCCUGUGGGCACCGAGGUCCCUCCCUAUGCACUGCUAGAGCCAGAGAGAGGAGACGCCAUGAGCCCCACCCUGACGGCCCUGCUCUGUCUCGGGACCCUCCCCAAACCCUCCAUCUGGGCUGAUCCUGGCCCCAUGGUCACCAAGGGGAGCCCUGUGACCAUCUGGUGUCAGGCGUCUCUGCGGGCUGAUGUCUACUAUCUGUAUAAAGAGAGAGUCUAUGAAUCCUUGUCCAUGAAGACCUCAGAGGAUUCCAGCGAUAGGGUCAGUUUCUCCUUUGCAUCCAUGAGCUCACACAGUUCAGGGCGAUACCAGUGUGCAUAUCAGAGAGGGAAGAACUGGUCACAGCGGAGUGACCUCCUGGCCCUGGUGGUGACAGCUUCCUCCUUCUCCAAGAGUGUAUGUGACCCCCUGGAGCUCCUGGUCUCAGGAACAGCUGACACCGUGAGCCCACCCCAAAACAAUUCAGACCCCAGCAGUGCCUCAGAUCGCAGGGAUUACACGGUGGAGAAUCUGAUCCGAAUGGGCGUGGCUGCCUUGAUCCUGGUGGUCCUCGGGAUUCUGCUACUAGAGGCUCAGCACAGCCAGGCAAGGACCCCAGGUGCAGCCAGGAGCUAAACACAAGGGGGAGCCAACCCACCAUUCCCUGUGGCAGACCUUUGGACAUCAAUCUAAUCUGCCCAAGGGGGUCUGGAAGAAAGCCUGCAGCUCAUGCUGGCUGAUCUGCCUGCUGAGAACAUCCAGGGGAAACAUGGUUUAGAUGCCAGGAAAUGUCUGGGCUGUUCUCAGUCCAGGACUCGUCCCCCAUGAACUGUGGUGCUUUCCCUCCUGCCAUUGUUGGACAUCCUUGACUGCCCCCCGUCUUUCCUCAUCCCUGUGACUUGAGGGUUCGUCCCACACGGCAGGGUUGGGUUCAUACCUUCCUACAGCAGCAGCUCUGGUCCACUUUCAUGGGAUACAUUUUCCUUUACUUUCCAUUUCCUCAUUCCCUGAUGUGCACCUCCAUCCCUUCAGCCCAAAACACAAAAUCUGUUUUCGUAAGUAAAUAGAUGGGUGAAAAUCAGGUCCACUUUGGAA